CAUUACGUCAUGGCUUCAAUGCGGAAGUCGGUUCCCAGGAAACCAGCACCUUCCAGUUUUGUUUACAUGUGACAUUACAUUUGGAGAUCAGCCGAGUUAAUGCUGGAGCUCUGUGAAGGACAGCAAGGAUGUUUCCCCGCGCCGCCGUACCGAGGCGGCCGUACGACUACCGCCACGACUCGUACCCGCCGCAUACCCCGGUGUCCCGGUGCUACGAUUACAGCCACCAGAGGCUGGCAGGUGUCAACAACUUCCAUGGCCCGGGACCUGAGAGGUUUCCUACGUAUGAAUGGAAGCCCAGACCACCAGCAGCAGCCCCCGUUCAUCCUCACACACCAACUAUGACCAAUGAGCGCAAGAGGCGGAACGAUGAAUACAGCCCCCACGUUGUGAAGCGCCAACGCCUUGAACCUUUAUUUCGAGGCCCUCCCCCUCGUUGUCCUGACCAAGUUCUGGCAGGGUCAUCAAGAUCAGCCUUAGCUGGUUUUGAUCGCUUUUAUCCCAGCCCACGCGCCCAUAUCCAGCCUCUGCUCACUGCUGUGCCAAAAAGCCCCAACAUCUUGAAAGCAUGUUUUAAGGACAAGGUACUGCAUUGUACGUUAAGUGAUCAGAUGGUGGAGGUGUUUGAGGCGUGCCAGCAGCAAGCUUCCGAUUUGGCCCGAAAGGAGACGUGCCGAGCCCGGCUUCAGGAAGACAUACAGAGUGUCUACGCAGUCGCACGGCUUUACUUGACUGGAUCUUCUAUGAAUGGAUUGGGCUGCCGGAGCAGUGAUGCUGAUCUCUGUCUGGUCCUCAAAGGGAAUAAAAGACAGGAUCCUAUACAUAUACUCUCUGUCCUCCAAAGGCUCUUCAAGUCGCUGUCAUAUGUAGAGAAGACUCAGCUGAUCAGAGCCAAAGUGCCCAUCCUCAAGUUCAGAGAGAAAGGCAGUGAUCUGGAGUUUGAUCUGAAUAUCAACAACACAGUGGGCAUCAGGAACACAUUCCUUUUGCGGAGUUACGCCUAUGCUGAUCUCAGAAUAAGACCCUUGGUCCUUGUUGUCAAGAAAUGGGCACGGCACGGUCAAAUCAACGACGCCAGCAAAGGAACGUUGAGCAGCUACACACUUGUGCUGAUGGUGCUGCACUUUCUCCAGACUCUCAAGGAACCUGUCCUUCCCUGUCUACAGAGGGACUACCCUGAGUGUUUUAAUCCCCUCAUGGACAUUGACAUGGUUCCAGAUGGACCCAAACACAUCCCCCCCUUCCUCUCACAAAAUCAAUCCUCUCUGGGAGAGCUUCUUCUAGGCUUUCUCAAAUACUAUGCUACAGACUUCAGGUGGGAGAGGCAUGUGAUCUCCAUUAGAGAGGCCACAGCCUUUCCCAAAAACAAAUCUCAAGCGUGGAGAAACAAAUACAUAUGUGUGGAAGAGCCAUUUGAAAGAAACAACGUUGCCAGGGCAGUCCAUCAGAGGGUCAAGUUUGAGGCCAUUAAAGCCGAGUUUGCCGAGUCAUGCCGGAUACUACAGCACAGGAAGGACCUGAACUCGAUCCUGCCGGUCCAAACCAUCAUUAAUAAGGAAUUAUCCAGGAGAUGAGCGGCUCCUUUUAAUGAGAAGAGAACACAAGGGUCUUCUACCUCAAGACAGGCCAGUUGCCAAAAACGAAGCGAGACCCUUUGGGUGCGCUGGGAGAGGAGCCCUGCCACCCCAGCACCUUACAGACAGAGAUCAUCUGGGACUCCGAAUGCUCUGGCUGCCUUGCUUUUGCUUGCAGAUUAUAGUUCCUGUUCGUGUUUUGAAAAAUAUUGCUCUUGACUUCAAAUUGCCAUAUUAUUGAAACGGAUGAUGAAAAUACAGUAUUUGUGGAGUGGCACUAGAGGGCUCACUUCACCAAAGCACGAUAGUAAUGAGCCGUGUUAUAAGAGAGAGUCCUCUCUUUCCCAGCGCACAUUGCAUUAUGUGGUAAACCUGCGGUAAACUGACAACUUCUGAAAGACAAAAUAAUACCUGCUCAAUUCAUGUCUAGCUUAAGGAAGCGUUUUUCUUCUCUGUUUCAUCUCAGUUUUAGUUUUAUCCUCAUUGCUAGUCAUACUGCUCAGUUCUGAUGCCAAUAAUUUGCUUCUGACUUGUAUGCGGAGUAUAUACACAGCAUAUUGUCUUCAGUCUGUGUGGACCAGCUUGGAACAUCUCCAAUCAUCAAAGUUGUCUCUAUUUUUCGAGCUUGGUAGUCACGCUGUUGUGGCUUUAAGUGCUAUAGACUUUUUCUACAUUAAAUGCCCUCCUUUUUCAGUAUCAAGUUGUUAGUUUGUACGCUCCCCUGAAAUCUGAGCUAUUGAGGUUAUGUGACGUCAUCGUUCAAGUGACUAAAGGGAUUGUUAGAGGGCUGUGAAGGGAUCAGUGUGUUCGCACUCCUUCAUUGUUUUUUUUAAAUUAUUAUUUGCCCUACACUAGGAAGGCCUGUUUGAUCAGAAUCUAUUUGAUUUAUUUGGACAAAACAUUGUUAUUUGUUUUCUGUUCACUCGACGAAUACCUUAUUUGACAAAUCUAGACUUUAUCUUUUUUUCCACUGUCAUUUUUUUGUAUAUUACUGACUUUUAAAAGGUUUGUUACAAAAAUUAAAUCUUUGAAGAUG